GUUUGGUUUUUGGUCACCCAAGUUCUGACACAAAAAUGCAACAGUUUCACUUUUUCAGCAGUGAUGAAAGAAAACAAUCUGACAGCUAUCACGUGAAAUAGUUCAUACACUCCCAUGUUCCAUUAACUUGUCUUAAUCCACGCGCGUCUUCUUCUUCUUCUCUGUUCCAUCUCUCUCUCUCAUUGCUUUCCAUUAGUUUCAUGUUCUUCUUUUUGUUUUGUUUUUGAAAGCAAUCUCGGCCAUUCUUGCUUUCAGCCUUAUAAACCCAGUGGGAGUUUUCUCACCUCCCGGAUCUGCCUCUGCAGAGCAAGGAAAUGGGUAUCAUCUCCAGAAAGAUAUUCCCAGCAUGUGGGAGCAUGUGUGUAUGCUGCCCUAGUUUGAGAUCAAGUUCAAGGAAGCCCGUCAAGCGGUAUAAAAAACUGCUAUCAGAAAUUUUUCCCAAAUCUCUUGAUGGACCUUCAAGCGAAAGGAAAAUUAUUAGAUUGUGUGAAUAUGCUUCAAAAAACCCUGUUCGAAUCCCAAAGAUUGCAAAAUAUCUUGAAGAAAGGUGCUACAAAGAGCUGCGAUGUGAGCACCUUAAAUUCAUCAAUAUUGUUACUGAGGCUUAUAGCAAAUUGCUUUGCCUGUGCAAGGAGCAGAUGGCUUAUUUUACCAUUAGUCUUCUGAAUGUGGUUACUGAACUUCUGGAGAACUCAAAGCAAGAUGCUUUGAGAAUACUUGGAUGCCAAACCUUAACAAGGUUCAUAUAUGGUCAGGCAGAUGCCACAUACGCACGUAACAUUGAGAAUUUGGUUCCCAAAGUAUGCUCGCUAGCAUGUGAGAAAGGGGAUGACCAUCAAAAGAUCUGCUUGAGGGCAUCAAGCUUGCAAUGUCUUUCAGCCAUGGUCUGGUUCAUGACUGAAAUUUCUCAUAUUUUUGUAGAUUUUGACAAGAUUGUACAUGUGACUUUAGAUAACUAUGAGGCAGAAGCACAUUCUGAUGAUGAUGAGAGAGAGGAGCCACAUCAUAAUUGGGUGGAUGAAGUAGUUCGUAGUGAAGGCAGAGUUGGUGUUGGUAAUGAUUCCAGCCCUAGCAGCAUGGUCAUCAGGCCACGGCCAGAGAAGAAGGAUCCUUCUCUUCUGACAAGGGAAGAGAUUGAGACACCAAAAGUAUGGGCUCAAAUUUGUAUCCAGAGAAUGGUUGAAUUAGCGAAGGAAAGCACAACAAUGCGCCGCAUAUUGGAUCCAAUGUUUGUCUACUUUGACUCUGGGGGGUACUGGGUUCCUCAGCAAGGGUUGGCCAUGUUGGUUUUGUCGGAUAUGUCCUACUUCAUGGAGAGCUCUGGAAACCAGCAAUUGAUCUUAACUUAUGUGAUCCGCCAUCUUGACCACAAAAAUGUUUCACAUGAUCCCCAACUCAAAUCAUACGUCAUUCUAGUUGCUACUGCUUUAGCUAGGCAAAUUAGAUCUGGAGCAAUGCUAGCAGAAAUUGGGUUUGUCUCAGACCUGUGCAGGCAUCUAAGGAAGAGUCUUCAAGCUACUGUUGAGUCAGUUGGAGAGCAGGAGUCAAACUUGAAUGUCACACUCCAGACUUCCAUUGAAGAUUGCUUACUUGAAAUUGCUAAGAGAAUUGGCAAUGCACAACCACUAUUUGAAAUGAUGGCAAUAACUCUGGAGAAGCUGCCAUCAGGAAUAGUUGCUAGGGCAACCGUUGGAUCAUUAAUGAUUCUUGCUCAUAUGAUCUCAUUGGCAAUCUCUUCACAUUCCCAGCAGUUUCCAGAAUCACUUCUAGUACAACUCUUGAAAGUGAUGUUACAUCCAGACGUUGAGGCACGUGUUGGAGCACACCAAAUAUUUUCUAUUCUUCUCAUUCCAAGUUCUAAUCGCUUCCGACGUGAAGUUGCUUCACUGCGAUCUGGUUUUCUAUACCAAUCAAGAAGAUGGCAUUCAAAUACUUCGUCUACCUUUGCUUCAAUUACAGCUAGACUUGAAAAGCUUCGGAAGGAAAAGGGUGCUUCCAAAGCAGAAAAGCAAUGCAAUAAUUUUCAUGAUGAUUUUGAAGAAAAGGAAAUUGUGGAAGAAGACAGCAAACAGGGGCGUGGACGCAAGAAUUCCCCUAAUUUUUACAAGAUUAGCUCCAUCAUUGACCGAACAGCUGGGUCAAUCAGCUUAAAUGAUGCAGAGCCAUUUGUCAUGAAGCUUACUGAGGAGCAAAUUGCACACUUGCUGUCUGCUUUUUGGAUACAAGCCAAUCUUCCAGAUAAUUUGCCGUCAAAUAUUGAAGCCAUUGCUCAUUCUUUCAUUCUAACACUUAUUUCUUCACGCUUGAAGAAUCCAAAUGACUGCCUUGUGGUCCAUUUCUUUCAGCUUCUUCUAUCUCUCAGGAAUAUGGCUCUUGACCCCAACAGUGGGUCAUUGCCUCCGGCAUGCCAGAGAUCCAUCCUUGUACUAUCAAUGGGGAUGUUGAUGUUUGCGGCUAAGAUCUUUCAUAUUCCUGAUCUGAAUGAUUUUCUCAAGUCAUCUAUUCCAAAUGAUAUUGAUCCGUACCUAGGCAUUAGUGAUGAUCUUCAGGUAUAUCUAAAGCCUGAGGCAGAUCUUAGAGAAUAUGGAUCUGUGGCUGAUAAUCAGCUUGCUACAUCGUUACUAUUUGAGUUGAGGAACAAAUUACAUGAAUCUGACAACGUCAUAGUAGAUAUUUUAGUUCAGAGUCUAACAAAUAUUACUAAGCUGGAGGCAAAAGAAGUGUCAAAGCAACUUUUGGAGCCAUUCACACCUGAUGAUGCAUUCAUGUUUGGUCCACAAUCAGUACUGGACUUUGACCAUAAUCAAAUGGUUGCUCAUUCCAAAGAUUCCCUUUCCUUUGAUGGGGAAUUUGCAACAAGUUCAUUAGUUGAUGAUGAUACGACAAGUGAAGCAUCUGUUGCAGACCUUUCUCGCUUCAUUCCCAAAAUGCCAUCGACCACAUCUCUGCCUCAUGUUAUCAGCAUCGGGCAGCUUUUAGAAUCGGCGCUUGAGGUCGCUGGUCAAGUUGCAGGAUCAUCUGUCUCUACAUCACCUCUUCCAUACAAUGCCAUGGCUAGCCAGUGUGAAGCCCUUGGCACGGGCACAAGGAAGAAAUUAUGCAAUUGGUUGGCCCAUGAUACUCAUCAUGGUGAAACAUCUGAGAAAUUCGUUCUUACAUUUCCUGCAAAUGGGCGCACAGCCCUCUCUCAGAUAACAAGUGAAUGCGGGUCUUCUCAUGGAGCCGCAUUGCGGCAGGAUCCGUGGUUGUCUAUGAGGCUGCCUCCUGCUAGCCCUUUUGACAACUUUCUCAAGGCAGCUGGGUGUUGAAGCCUACACCGCAAUACGCAAAUAUUACCAUAUUGUACAUUUUCUAGGAAAUCUUCUGAGUGUUUAGCUUAAGCUGAUCUUUGAUUUGCAGUCCCUGAUCUUUAAAAGUGCUUAAAUGCCUGGUUUAUUAAUUAAUGCUUGUAUCCACACUUUGUAGCCAGCUAAUGUUAGUCAUAGUGUAGUUUGCAGUAUGCUGA